GGCGUGCCUAACUCCUUUAUCCCCCUGUUUUUUCUAUUUGCUUUUAAAGCUUCCCGGGAGAGUGUGAGAGCAAUUCUUUGCUUGUCCAUGCAAGGACAGAUAAGCAGCAAGAACAGAGUAUUUUUCAGGUGGGCAGUGCAGGCAUAUCCCUUUGCUGUCGACAACAACUCUUCUUCUCCUCUGAACCAGAUCACAGUCAAGGUUUUCUUUUAAGACAAGUCACCUGAAGUGCCAUGACUACUACUGUACCCCCAGGCUGUGGCAACAUACAGUAUGACUACAAUUUGCUCUGUAAUACCAAAGCUUAUUGGGGAAUUAUUCUGGAAGCUCUAGCAGCAGCUGGUGCGACUGUCACAAUCAUCCUCAUUCUGGUGCUUUUUUUCCUUAUCAGUAAAACCCAAGACAAUGCAAAACGUAGCCUGAUCCCAAUCCAGUUUCUCUUCCUCUUAGGUACUCUAGGAAUUUUUGGGCUCACAUUUGCUUUUAUCAUCAGGCUCAAUGAGCAAACCGGUCCCACACGUUUCUUCCUUUUCGGGGUCUUCUUUGCCCUCUGCUUUUCCUGCCUUCUGGCUCAUGCUUUGGACCUCAUCAAGUUGGUGAGAGGAAGACGUCCAUUUUCAGCACUAGUGUUGCUGAUUAUGGUCCUUAGUUUGACUGUUGUACAAGUGAUUAUAGCCGUACAAUAUGUAGCAGUCAAUAUCAAAGCCUUGAAGGCUCUACACCGUGUGAUGAAUGACGAAAGACGAAGAGACUUUAUUUUAAUUCUCAUCUAUGUAUUUUUCCUGAUGUUUCUCCUUUGCAUAGUUUCCAUGUUUGUGUUUUGUGGCUCAUACAGGAGGUGGAAGAGGCAUGGUAUCCACUUAUUCUUCACAGCUUUGUUCUCCAUAGGCAUUUGGGUGGCAUGGAUUGCUACCCUGAUGUAUAAUACCAGUACUUUAGGGCUAGCUGAUGAUCUUCUCAUUGGUAUUGCUCUGAUAGUAAAUGGCUGGAUUUUCCUGUUUCUGUAUGCAAUACCUGAAUUCUGUGUCCUCACUGCUCCACGGAAACCUGGAGACUACCCUCUGGAGAAUAAUACUUGCCAGCCAAAGGGCAUGAAAAAAACCUAUGGAAUAGAAAAUCAAGGUUAUGCUCAGGAAGACAACACACAAGAAGAAAUU